ACAUCCAAAAUAUGGCCGCGAAGAUUCAAACGUCAACCCAAUCGACAUCAAGCUGAAUAAUGUGAAAUUUGGUGUUGGAUUUCUCCAUGACUAACGAAGAUUGAAAUCAAAAUAAUGUCGGCAUUUAAGAAGAAGAAUGUUUUUGUCAACCCUUUCUACCAAGACGGUGUCGGCAGGCGGACUGGCAUUGUAGUGAAAAAAGAUGUGAGGAAAGACAGCGAUGGCUUUGAAGUCUUUGAUGACUACUGGUCAGAGAGCGAGAAUGAUGCUACCAUGCACACUACAUUAGCAGCAGAGAAGGAAAAUAAAGACGGUACUAUGAAAAAGCGAUCGCUGAGGUCUAUGCCAUCGUUCACCCCUCAAGAAGCCAGCUCAGAUCGAGAGGCAAGCAAGGUUGAACUGCCACAGGACGUCUCACAAGCUGCAGAGAAUGCUUCAGCCCUUGAGGCUGAUAUCACUGGCAGCAUCAUCAAGGGACGAGCCCCCAGCCUGGAACCCUCGUCAGCCUUGAGUAAAUUCAAGACCAGGCAGAGGCUAAGUUUUUCAGAGGCCACCACUUCCGAAGAGAGCCAAACCAGUGAAGGGGAGAACAGUGUCGGGGAUGAAGGAGAGAGCCAAGAGAGUGGAUCAUCUUCAGAAGGAACUGUCAAAGCACCUUCCAGCCAGUCGGAACUCAGUCAAGAAGAAGGGGAUGAACAGACAGAGACUGAAGAGGAUGAUGCGAGCGGGCCUGUCGAACAUGAUGACCAGCAGAGUAGCCGGACAACCAGUGAACCAUCAUCACCUCAAGAAGAGGUACCUGAGCCUCAGGCAAAAGCCACUUCACCAAGCGACGAGGGUACUACUGCACAGACCAGAGGGAGCAAGAGGCGAUCAACCCGGCCUGAUGGUGACCUAAGUGGCCCAGUUCCAAGGGAGACGAGAAGCAGAAAGAGUAUUUCUCAGUCAAAGAACAUUGUAGAAAAUGAAGAAAUAGAUGAAAGGGAAGCAGAGAAAGCAGUAGAAACAAGAGGCAGGAGAAGCACUCGACAAUCAAAUGCGAGUGUGCUAAAUGAAAAUGAGCUUCAGAAGGAUAACGAGAAGUCAGCAAAGAAAGGUGCUGAUACAAGACGUAGGAAAAGUACUCGACAGUCAAAAGCGAAUGAAGGAAAAGUUGAUAAAGAUGCCGUGAAUGACAAAGAGAUUGACACAAAUAUUAAAAACAGUUCCAGACGGAGCAGAAGUAUAAAGCCUUCAAACGUGAGCGUAAAUAAAGGAAAUGAUAUUGAAAUAGAUUUAGAGAAACAAGAAGAGAAAGCUGGAGGUACGAGACGCAGGAAAAGUACUCGUCAGUCAAAAGCUAAUGAUGCCGUGGAUGACAUAGAGAUUGACACAAAUACGCAAAACGGUUCCAGACGAAGCAGAAGUUUAAAACCUUCAAACAUGAGCAUAAAUAAAGGAAGUGAUACUGAGAUGGAGUUAGAGAAGCAGGAAGAGAGAGCUGGAGGUACAAGACGCAGCAAAAGUACUCGUCAGUCAAACGUAUCAAUAAAAGACGUGCAAGAAGACAUAGUCGGAGAUAAGGAAACAGAUGAUGUAACAUCAAAUCUCAGAAAGAGUCCUCAUCAGUCAAGCAGAUUAGAAAGGGAGAUCAAGAGAAUCCACGAUAGAAGUAUCCGUCGCUCAAAGGGAGUGGAAGAUCUUAAAGACGAUGUCGAGAAAGAAACACAAGUGGUCAAGUCGAGACGUAAAAGUAAACAGCAAUCAAAUGCCCCUCCUGGAAAAGAGGUUGAAGAAGAGAAGGGUGAAGAAGAGGAGGAUGAAGGAACGGAAGAUGAGGUAGCUCCAGAGACAGAUGCAGAAACUGCUGGAGAGACAGAAGGAGAGAAGGUUGAAGGAACCAAGGAAGAGGAAGUUUUAGAGACAGAAACAGAAAGUGAGUUUGUUACAGAAACAGAAGAAGAAGAAGGAGAAAGAAAUAUUGAAGAACCAGAAUCAGAGGAGGCAGUGGACACAGAAGUAGAUGAAAUAAAAAAGACAGAAGAGGAGAACUUUAGAAAGGCAAUUAAGCAAAAGGAAAAAACUGUUGUGGCAUCAAAAUCUGAUGUUGUUGAAGAUGAAGAUGAUGACACUGAGAAAGUCUUCUUUUCUUUAAGAGCAAGUUUUGCAGUUCCAUCAGUUCAUGAAGUGGAAGAUGAAUUUGAAUUUGCUGAUGCCGAUUCGCAAGAAUAUGGCCUAUUGGAUGACACACAGAAAGGAAAUCGCAAAAAAGCAGGGAGAACAAAUAGAAAAACCAUUGCAAAAGGAGGCAAGAAAAAUGAUAAGGAAGUGGUACAAAAAGAAAAACCAGAAAAGUUACCGAAAUCCACAAGGAGACCGACCCAGAAGGAUAAACAAGAGAGCAAAAUGGGGAAAGGACAGAAGAAAAAGGCAAGUAAAAGAGGAUCGGAAAUCGGCAGGGAUGACGAUCAAAAGAAAUUAAAGGAAAGUCCUAACGAGAGUUUAAGUGGAGAUGGGCAUGACUCCAAACUAGCAAUGGGAGGCAAGAAGAGCAGAGGAAAGAAGUCUAACCAACAGAAAAAACAAUUACAGAGGAGCCAAAGGUCUUCUGAGAGCACAUCCCAGGCUAGCUCUUCUGAUGCAGAUGCUGACUCACAGGUUGAUGACGACCAAGCUGCUGCUGUGGAUCUUCCACAAAAGAAUCAGAGAAAACGACGACAAAAGAAACCCUCCAAUCAGAAGGCUAGCUCUUCUGAUGCAGAUGCUGGCUCACAGGUUGAUGAUGACCAAGCUGCUGCUGUGGAUCUUCCACAAAAGAAGCAGAGAAAGCAGCGACAAAAGAAAUCCUCCGAUCAUCCUGCAGAGGUCAGCAACAGUUCUAAGACAGCCAGUGAUGAAACCCUAGGGGUCGAUGAGGAUGGACCCUCGACAGGCAAGGCUGGUUCUAGCUCCAGUGCGUUCAGGUCGCGUCGAAGCAGUGUCCACUUUACCACCAAGGACAUGAUCUCUGUCGGUGGAGACAUUAGCAUCCAUCAAGUCUCAAGCGCUGAGGACAAAUCUUCAGACAACAAGGACGCUCCACCUACUACAGCUACUCUCUCAAAGGACCACAAGAAGUCCAGGAGAUCGUCUAAGGGGAGAUCAAGUGGCGGUGGUGCCAAGACGCGGGACAAGGCGAAUGAGGACGACACCAAAAACGUGGAAGAACAUCUGAGUGGUCAGUCAUCGCAUGAAAGCACAGCAGAGAGUGAUCGAGAGACAGCUGAUCAAGGGCAAAGUAGAAGAGGAAGGAAGAAGGGAGCCAAGGCCAAGAAACCGUCAAAGCGACCAUCUUCGAAGGCAACCUCCACAACCUCUGAAGAUUCUCUCAAAACUGAUGAGGAAGAUGGGGUCAGACGGACGAAACGUCACAGAGCGCCCCCUCGAGAGUACUGGCACGACAGCAUCGAACAUACUGAGGAUCAUACUGAUACUACCCAAGUCUUGGUUGCUCACCAUGAUGCAAACCAAAAUCAAUCCGACCAGUCCAUUGACCAGUCCACUGACCAGCCCACUGACCAGUCCCCCAAGGGUCCAACCCCCCCUGGCAAGUCCCCAAGCACGUCCAGCGGUGGAGCAAGGUCAAUAACGUCCACAGGGUCUAUCCUGAAAGUCAGCAGGAACUGGGAUAAGAGACCCAAGAACAAGAAGAAUAAAUAUUCCAUCCUCUACACAGAGAAGCCACUCCGGAAGGCUUAUAUCAUCAAACCUGAUGAGGAAGAUGGAGUCAGACGGACGAGACGACAGAGAGUGCGCCCUCUAGAGUACUGGCGUAACGAACGUCCACUCUACGAACGUCGGAAGUCAGGGGGGCUUGCUCUGGCUGGUAUCAUCUCUCCCGGAGCACCAGAGGAGAGAGUGUCUGUGAGGUCUAUGAGGCAACCAGCUAAACCCAAAGGUCACCUGCCAGUGACGCCCUCUCACAUCUCAAUCCAUGCGUCACCUCCCGUAGGGACCAGUAAAGUCUGCCAACCCACCAUCAAUGUAGUCAACCCUGACACCAAGCAAGAAGUCGCUAUUGAUGCUGUGGCUACAUCCAAGAUGCUCAAGUUCACUGGUCCCAGUGGCUUGCCUGCUAAACCAGAUGAUGCUAUCACCAUCUCAAAGGCUCUUUCACAGAAAGCCUUCGCAGCAGGCAUUCUGACUAUCCGGCCCUUUGGGGAGAAAGGAUCCCAGCUUGUACGACGUGACACGAUGAUAUUCUAUGUUGUUCGAGGCAAAGUCGCCAUGACCCUUCACGAGACGAGCCAGAUAUUACAGAGUGGAGACUGGUUCUUUGUUCCUAAAGGUAACGUUUAUAACAUCACGAACCUGCGGAGAGACGAGGCCAAGCUGACUUUCUUCCAGCUAAAAAGUUCAUGAAAGUCGGACGAGGAAAAACAGAGCCUUGCACUUGCAUGGAGAUUACGACGAUUCUUCAAACUUUGCUUUUGAAGAGCAACCAAGAAGUAUGGACUUUCUGUAUUUUGUACCGAAAUUAGAGAAUAUGAAUGGUUUGUUACAGAAAUCCCAAUUCUCAAGAUCAAGGUACGGUAUUCAAUGUGAUACUUUGUAUGAGUAAAACUUAUUUUUCGCAUUUGGCUUAGCUAAGUAAAAUGUCUUGACUUGUAUUCAGAUCACAUUUAAGCAAUUUACUUUUGCGAGCAAACUUAUGCCAAAAUACCUACUGAUAAGCAUUGUGAUAUCACACAGUCAAUCAAAAGUAAUGCGCAAUUUACCUGUAGUAUUAAAUGUGGGCUAAUAUUAUUGUGCGCAGCUUAUGAUGAACAAUCAAUGCUUCCAAAAUAAUUGGCUUGAGUCUGCUAGCGAGCUGUCUUUUAAUUUAGGGUAAAAUACUUAGCCAGAAGCAUCAAACGAAUACUGAAGUUGGCUACCGGUAAGUAUUUUAUCUAAGUUUUUUUUAUCUGAGUGAAAUACUGAUAUUUCUGGUUUAGAUAUUGAAUUGAAUACCGGCCCAGUUUCUGCGAUGUUGUAUUCUUUUCAUUACAGAAAUAGUGGUACCCUCAACAAAGUAGUAAUUUUCAGCCGUUGGGGAAAAAAUGCUCUUGUGAAAGUUGGCAGCUCUGGGGGUCGUUUCACAAAGAUA